AUUGGAUUCUGCAAACGUAUGCAUUUCUGCCUGUCGAAUUAUUUAGUUAGUUAUUCCAUUUAAAGGAAGGAAGAUGUGGUCCAUUUAUGCAUUAAGUUUGUCACUGUUUUCCCAAUUUUUAUUCCUUCCAAUGUGUGAAGGGUUAUCGUUUCAGGAAUUUAUUACGGUGAACGUGGCACAGAAAGCGGGUCUGGAAUUGCUGUCAAAAAGACUACGGGAUAAAUUGCCGCAUGACUAUAUGAAGAAGGAUAUUUAUCUGUUAAGAUUUUUAAGAGAUUCAGAUUUCGACGUGGAUGCGGCCGAAGCCAGGAUAAAAAGUUUCGUCGACUGGCGAGCCAAACAUAAUAUCGAUAACGUCCUCAGAGAGGAAUUUCCUGAAUAUGACGCCGAAUAUAGAGUAAUUAGGGAGGGGUGUGACAAAGGUGGAAAUCCAGUGAUCUCAUUACCGAUCGGAGACUGGGACUUAAGACGUAUCGUAAUUGCGGGAAAAUCCAAGCGAUUUGUGCGCUACGUUCAAAAAAUCUUGGAAGAAGGAACCGGGUUUUUACGAUGGGGUCAAGAAGAAGGCUUCAACAUGACACAGGCCACGAUCCUCUUUGAUCUCAAAGGAGUUAAUUUGGUCACACAUGUUUGUGGAGGAUGUAUUCCCAUGUAUUUGGAACUUCUCAGUUUCUCUCAAACCUACUAUAGUGGAUUUGCUCAUAAAAUCCACGUUCUAUACGCCCCAGAUUUCUCCCUGUCGUUGUGGGACCUGUACAAAAACCUAUUAACUUCCAGUGUCGCAAAACUCCUAGAAAUCCACGGAACUCAGAAACACCUUUUCGCUAAAGAAUUAUCCCGAGAGAUUGACCCAUCCCAAUUAACCCAACGGUACGGCGGGAAUAAAAUUGAGGGCGUUGACCUCUCCACGAUGCGAUCCGCCGGACCGCCCGCAUUCCUGGCAAAUCCGUUCAGUCUGAAGCUAAAGGAGAAAAAUAUCACAGACUUUUGUGGCAUUGAUUGGCCCAAGAUUGAAAAUAUUAUUGCAGAUUCGUUUCACAAAUGAGGUUUCCUUACAAAACUUUUCUUGGUUGAAUGAUUUAAUUUAAUUUAUUAUUUUUCAUUAAUCCUAUACUAUUUAAACGUCCCCUUUAAGAACUAAAUAAGUAUUGAAAAGCGCACCGAUAUUCAUGUUUGGUAAUAAACGGUUACCCCAAUCGUAUUGGUAACCUUCGCUUUAUACAUAUUUCAAUAUUUAAAUUAAAUAUUUAAAGUAUUUACGUUGGUCUUACAAUGUAUUACCAAUCCCAUAGAAUUUUCAAUUACUGAUACAGUUUUCGUUCCUUAUGUUUGGUUAAAAUUAAUACAUAUUAUUAAUGUAUAAGUGCACAGAUAAAAAUAAAAAAAGACCUAUGUGCAAGCAUGUAUUUACUAUGGCUACAUCGUGCCAAAAAGAUUCUUCAUAUAUCGUGCGAUUUAGUCAUAAGUAAAUACAUGCUUGCAGAUAGGUCUUCAAAGGAAAA